AUGAGCACUGCUGAAAUCCCCCUCCCCAGCGUCCCGGAGACCGCGGCGCUCGACAUCACCCUCCGCGGCAUAUCCUUCGAGACCGCCGCGCUCCCGGAGUGCACUGCCUCAGAGAUCACGGCGGUCGCCACCACCGGCAGAUCUGCGGCGCCUCCUCCGAGACCGCCACCAGCGGGCUUCUCUUGGAGCGCGCCGACACGGGGACCACAGCGCCCAUCACCACCAACAUCCCUCGCGCAUCAGGAUCGGCGUCGCCAGAGCGGCGCCAAUGCGGCCGCCGAAGCUGCGGCCCUCGGCUUACGGCCACCGCGGGCAGCGGCGCCAGAUCAUCAGCCGCGCCACGGCGGGCAGCAGCCGCGCGGCGCCGCGCUACCUGAAGGCGAGCCACGGCGCGCCAGCGGAACGGCGGGCCUCCCGUCGUUCACGUACAACCGGUCGGUGAAGCAGCACAACGUGACAGGCGGUGCCGGCGGCGAGGAGGCGGCGACGUGCUCCGUGUGCCUUGGCGCUUUCCAGGUCGGGGAGACGGUGCGGCUGCUGCCGGUGUGCCUGCACCUGUACCACGUCGAGUGCAUCGAUCCGUGGCUGGAGGCGCACUCCUCGUGCCCGAUCUGCCGGACAGGCACGGAGACGGCGGUGGACGGCGGCCUGCUGCCGCUGCCGCCGGUUUAA